CUUUCCAUUCAGCAUCAGUAUUAUUUUCAGCUUCAUAAUUACUGCUAUGGCUUCUCCUCCGCCAACCCCAUCAAAUCUAGUUCCAACUAGAUCUGAAUGGUGCUUUUGUUCUAUCACAGUAUCAACAGAAGGGAUUACGAUUAUCGUCCUGGCAAAUUCCAUCCGUUCACUUUGGAGACCAAUUCAAAGACGGACGAUACAGGAUUCUUAGAAAGCGGGAUAUGGAGCAUACUCGACUGUAUGGCUAGCAAGAGAUGAACAGUAUGGUAUUAUAUUCUUUCUUUGCCUGAUACUUUGUUCAUCUAGGAAACAAUAAUUUUUGCGUCAGCUAAUAUACAUAAUAGUAUGAAAUGUUAUGUUGCUCUUAAAAUCUUGGCAGCUCAAUCAACAGACUCGGAUAACCCUAAUGAAUCAUCUAUAUACGAAUAUCUAGCCCAGAACACACUUUCACAUCCAGGCAAAGAUCAUAUCAUAUCCCUGAAAGAUUCGUUCAAACACCAAGGUCCCAAUGGAGAGCAUACAUGUCUUGUAUUCACAGCUAUGGGUCCCAGUACCGCGACGGUAGUGGAACAUCUUCCUGAAGAAUUACUCGGCGAGAUAAAUCCUAAAAAUCGGUAUCCAAUUUGGAUGGCAAGAUCUGUACUUCAGCAAGUUCUUCUAGGUAUGGAUUUUCUACAUCAAAUUGGUAUUGUCCAUGGCGAUAUACAGCCUGGAAAUCUUCUUUUCGUAGCUACAGAUUUGAUAUCUGUGGAGGAGACUCGUUUGUAACAAAAAGAUGUCUUGCCCUAGUCAAUGGUAUCCAUCGAAAGACAGGAUGGGAAGAUUGAUCGUUGGGCUCCGAAGUAUCUAGCUCUCAAUCAGCCGUUGAUAGAGUUUAUGAAAUUUGAUUCUAAUUUUGUUAUCAAAAUCUCAGAUAUGGGUGGAGGUAUAUUGUAAUUACUUCCUUCAUUAUCAGGACGAACUUUUAUUGAAUUCUUAUUGACUAGUUAAUCAUAGCAUUUUUUAAAGACAGACCACCAAAAAAACUAGUCACACCAGUUAGCCUUCGCAGUCCCGAAACCAUCCUCAAAGAAAUUCCCACUAGCAAUCAAGACAUAUGGAGUUUUGGCUGUCUAAUCUUUGAGUUUAUCACCGGAAGACCACUAUUCGUAGUCGAUAACACCGGCGAUGAGAAUGAUACAAAUGAUGAUCAUAUCCUCCAAUUAUCCAGUACACUAGGCCCUAUUCCCUAAGAAAUCCUAUCGAAAUAGACCAGAGCGAAUAUAUACUUCAACUCCAGCGAUGAAAAUAUAAAAAACUACAUCAAGAAUCUUCCAAAAGGAUUCGAUACGAGUAUUCUUGAUAAUCAACCUACGCUAGAAGAACUAUUCGAUCAGUUUAAAUCGAUAAAAAUGGAUUGUGAAGAAUCGAGUGAGGUUUUGCGUUUAUUGAGACGGAUUUUGCAGUAUGAUGUUAGUAAACGAUCUUUGGCGAGUAAGAUUUUGAGGGAUCCUUGGUUUGGGAGGGCGAAAUUGGGGGUUGGGAUGGCUUCCUUUGUUGUUUGAGAGGGGUGGUUAGUUCGUGUUU